UUGAUGUGCUUUAUUUUCCGGGCCAUGCUGAUGCUGAUAGAGGACUGUCGUCAUGACUCACACUGAGGAGGACGGCGUCAUUGGGGUCCUAUCUAUGAUGGUGGAAGAUGUCGGCGAGGCCGCCACGAGAAACGUCAAUGGCGCUCAUCUUCUUUACGAACUCCUGAGCGCUCCGUGGCUGCGCGCCCUGCUUCAGAUUUAUGAGUGCCUGUUGACUUUCAAGAGAAUUUUGCCCCGCCCUCUCCUGUCUCACGCUUCGGGACUUUCACGCGAGGUCCAGGGUGUCCUGCAUACAGUCCAGACUCCUUCUGUGGAGGCUACAGAGCUUCAGAUCCUCCUGAGCUCUCCACACAUAAAGGUUCUCCAUCUAGUCACCUACCGGGUCCUUAAACGGUCCUUAAUCUCGAACCAUCUUCAGGCUCUGUUGUCCUGUCACGACGCCGUGGCUCAAGCAGACUUCGGACCCGUCUUGGCGCCGCUACCUGACGGGCCGGCUGAAGAUAAGGACGUCGUGAGGAUCGUUUGUUUGGCUAAGAAUGAACAACCUCUGGGGGCCACCAUAAGGAAGGACAAGGAGACCGGAGAAAUAUUUAUCGCAAGAGUUAUUCGUGGAGGACUUGCAGACCGUAGCGGUCUUCUCCAUCCUGGAGAUCAUCUGCUGGAGGUGGAUGGGAAGCCACUGGUAGGGUUGGACCCCGAGCAGGUCAUCCAGAUGCUGAUGAGGUCAGAGGGCACCAUUCUCUUCAAAGUAGUUCCAAACACCUUCCAGCUGAGCAGCAUCAACAAACCAGUCUACAUGAGGUCCAUGGUGGACUACUGUCCCUUGCGGGACUCUUCCAUACCCUGCCCUGAUGUCGGGGUUUUCUUCAGUAAGGGGGAAGUGCUGGAGGUCUUGGACCAGUCAGAUGGACAGUGGUGGCAGGCCAGGAAGCUCACCAGCUCAGCCUCCUUUGUUGGAUUAAUUCCAUCCGCCGCCACGUUGAAGAGUAAAGAGAAGGAACAGAGAGAUCAAAAGGAGUGUAAAGAUGAUAAGCAUGAUAAGGAUGAGUAUGGCGGUGGAGGCAGCAGAGCAGAGGAGGAACCUCAAGAGAAAUGCACUGCGGAUCAGGAAGAAAUACAUAUUGAGUCAGAACCAUCAGAAUUUCCUGAUGGGCUCUACCUUGCGGGUUUCCGUCGUAGUUUUUGUCUGUUGAGGAGGUCGCUGUCCAAGAGAAGACGAAUGUCUUGCACCAGCAUCGCCACCUCCUGUUCCACUGUGGCCACGCCCUACGAGGAAGUGGUCCUCUACCGACGACCCCCACAGGACCACCACCGACUCAUCAUCCUCGUAGGCGCGUCCGGAGUAGGCAUCAACAAGCUGAGACAGACCCUCAUUAAACUCAACCCGGACACAUACGAGGGAACAACUCCACACACCACCCGACCAAUCAGAGCGUGGGAACAGACAGGCAGAGAGUACCACUUUGUCAACAAAGAGCUCUUUGACUACAUGGUGUGCAGCCACAGGUUUGUGGAAUACGGCGAGUAUAAGGGCCACAAGUACGGGACCAGCAUUGACGCCAUCGACGAGGUCAUCAAACGGGGACGUGUGUGCAUCGUUGACAUCCAACCACAUAACAUUCCUCCACUGAGGACCUGGAAGUACAAGCCGUAUGUGAUCUUCAUCAAAGCUCCCACCUUGGAGAAACUUGCACAAACUAGAGUGAACGCCAGAAUCAUUUGCAGUUACCUGCACAACAGAUACAUCACUAAUCAAGACCUUCUGGACCUGGGGGAGUCGUCUCUGCAGAUGGAGCAGAAGUACAAACAUUUGUUUGAUGAAGUGCUAGUCAAUGAGCAGCUAAGUGACACUUGUGCUAAGCUUCAUGCCGCUAUCCACCGGGCACAGGUGGAUGAAAACUGGAUACCUGUCAGCUGGACGCGAGGCCAGGACUAACUGGACACUAAAUAUGGACUAGCAUCACAGGAAGCUAUAGCACGGACAACUGCUAAAUUUCAGUACGCCGUUAACAUUGACGAGCAGCUAGCGCCACCUGCAGGCUGUGUGUGAAUGUGCAGGCAUGCGAACAACUUACAAAUUAAAGUUCAAUGUCAACAGUU